AUUCCCGGGGCUAGAAUGGUAUCUUAAUGCGAGGCAAGGCUCGGAUGUUGAUUCUCGCUCUCCUCUCUUUUCCCUUCGUCUCAUCGAACCCGUCGACCGCUACCUAAACCUCGAUAUUUGAUACAGGUACAUAUUGUUCUUCAUCAUUCAUCAUGAUGUACCUCGGGCAAGGCAUCAAGGCAUGCCUCCUCCUCCUGCUCCCCUCCUCCAUCCCAGUCCUCGCUCUGUCCACUCCCACAACCGUCUUCACCCUCCCCGGCCCCAUCGCGCCAGCGUCAUGGUUUGAGAGCCUCGCCGUCCGCCCCAACGGGCUCAUCCUCGCCACCCGCGGCGACGCCCCCGAAAUCUGGCAAAUCGACCCCGCCACAGGCGAAGGCGUCCUCCUGGUCUCCGUCACGGGCGCCUUCAACCUAACCGGCAUCGCCCAGGUAACAAUGGCCUCCCACCACCAGCAACGCCCACACGCCCAAACGGCCGGCGAAACCUACGUCUUUGGCAGCGCCCACAUCCCCUCCCCCAACCAAGUCGAACCGGGCAGCGCCAAAGUCUGGACCCUCCAAUUCCCCGCCUCCACCACCACCACCAACAACAACAAAAACACCCCCAACGACACCCCUCCCAUAGUCUCCCUCCUAACCGCCCUCCCCACAGCAGGCUUCAUCAACGGCAUCGCCUCCUGGGGCGCCAACCGCAUCCUCCUCAGCGACACGCUAGCCGCCGCCAUCUACCUGAUGGACGUGCGCACCGGCGCCUACACCACCCCCCUGACCAACCUAACCGGCGUGAACGGCAUCCAGACAGCCCCCGGGUAUGUCUACCGCGCGGACCACGCCGCGUCGGCGCUGAGCCGCAUCCCGGUCGAUUCCGACGCCGUCGCUACCGGUCCGGCCGAGGUGCUGGCUUCGGAGCAGCCGGUGGAUGAUUUCGCGCUGGUGGUGGAUGGGGACGGGAGCGGGGCGGGGAGGGCGUAUGUGGCGGCGUUGUAUGAGAAUCGGGUCGUGGAGGUGGUGUUUGGGCCGGCGGGUUCUCCGGGGACGGGGACGAAGAGGGUGGUGGUGGAGGAUGUGAGUGGCACGGGGACCGGGUUUGUGUCGGUUGCUGUGCUGGGGAGGAGGGCAGAGGAUGCGGGGCUGUUGUAUGUGGCGGUUGGGCAGGGGGGUGGGAGUGCGGGCCGUUGUGAGGGUUGAUCCGAGUGAAUAGGGGGAUGUGAUGUGGUGGAUGCAUGGGAUGGGGG